UGCCUGACUGUUUGGCGCACUUUAUGUCACUUUACUAUACAUUACGUUAUGUUAAUAGCUAUUGAAGUGAUGACCACCGCUGAUGACAAUAAUUAUCAUAAAUUACUUGUAUUAUUAUCAUAAUCAUCGGAUCAAUUGAUAUUUAUUGCUAUUUAUAAGCACUUAAUAUCAGUGGACAGUCAGACGUACGACAACAAUAAAAACUCGUCACUUGAAAGACAUGACAUCCAAAGCCAAGACCAAAGCCGGCGUYAAAGCACGGAUUGCGGCCAAUGGCUACCGAUUGUGCGAUCCGUUGCCAAAAGGCGAGACUCUUAUCGACUCAACAAAUAAAGAGUGGAUAUUAGGUUCAUCCAUAGGAUCUGGUGGUUUCGGUGAUAUCUACUCGUGUCGUCGCAAAUCGGACCGACAGGACAACCAUGUGAUCAAAUUGGACAACAAAGACGGCCCUCUCUAUGCCGAAGUAAACUUCUAUCUUCGUGUGGCUAAAGAAGACUCUAUCAAUGAGUUUAUGUCAAAAUAUAGUCUCAAGUUUUUAGGCGUUCCUUACUAUGUGGCCAACGGUAUACACGACAAGACCAGCCGCGAGACUAAUAAAGUAAACAGAGAGACAAAGUUUCAAAGUCAACAUAAGUCCAAUAAAAACGGACCGACACUUCAGUAUCGAUUUCUUGUAAUGCAACGGUUCGGUCAAGAGUUAAGCCAUUUUGUGCAAACAAAACGCUUGACCACUGGCCAGGCGGCCGGUGUUUGUGCCAAAAUGAUUGAUGCCAUUCAUUAUAUUCAUACAUUUGGUUAUAUUCACGCCGAUAUCAAAGGCACUAAUAUAUUGAAGUCGUUGACCAACAGAGCAGCGGCUGAUGACUUUUAUUUAGUCGAUUUCGGUAAUGUUGACCGAUAUGUAGACUCUAACGGUAAACAUCGCGAUGAAAAGCCAGAUAAGAAAAGGGCSAACAAUGGGACAGUUGAGUACCGGUCACGGGAUGCACACAUCGGACUUAUUAGUAGACGCAGUGAUAUUGAAUGUCUUAUGUAUAACCUUAUUGARUGGUUAUAUGGACGACUUCCGUGGUUGUCCUGUCUGUCCGAUGCCGACAAAGUGGAAGCUUCUAAAGAKGAAGCCGUCAAAAAUGUGGACAAAUUUUUGAAGCAAUGUUUCAAUAAAAAAUCUGUUCCUAAAGGUCUCAAAGAGUUUAUACAAGAAGUGACACGUAUUCGUUACGAUGCGGAACCCAAUUACACUCAAUUGAAGAAAAUAUUGRUCGAAAAAGUGGCUAAAAGCAAAUCGUCGGCCAGUGUUUCAUCAAGCAAUGGCGAUAACAGUGAUAAUGAAGAUGAAAAUAAUGGUCAAACAGAUGAUGACCAGUCCGACAAUGAUGACGACGACGACGGCCGAACUGCAGCUAAACGACGCCGUAAGCCGACAAAGAAUAGCARAACUACUGRUAAUUCAAAGUCACCUCAAAAACGAAAACAAAAUUCAACAAAUAAUAAAAAGUCUAAAUCUAARGACAUAUCUAUUGUUGAUUUAAGCGAUUCCGAUAACAACACCGAAGAGGAAUCAACAUUAGUUUCAAAGUCACCACCAAAAAGGUCUCGAAUGGCGAACAAAAAUCAAACAAACAGUUAUCUUCAACCAGUGAGGACACCAAUCGGUAGAUUUCAACCGAGAUUUAGUACUCCAUUGCUAUUUGCCAGCGAUGACAAUAGUAGCUCGUAUUGUGAGAGCAGUGAUUUYCAGACACCGGAAACAACUGAUAGAGUACUACGUGGAGGUCGAGUCAAACGACAUACCAUUAGUUCGCCUUCAGAUUUGGAUCUGAGUCGAGAUAAUAGUCCGGUUAUAAAUAAUGUAAGAAAAGCGCCGCCAAUUAAACCUAUGACUACUACUUGUGCUAAUUCUCCACCGACUGGUGAGACACCUGCCAUGAGAGCCAUAAGAGAACAAAUGGAAAAGAAAAGGUUAGAGAAAGAGAUGGCAAAGAAAAAGUCGAAGAAAACUAACUCUAAAUAGUGUUUUGAUUUUUUUUAAUGAAUGAAAUUACAUAAAAUUGUAAAUAAUUUUAAUGAAUUAUUAUAUAUUAUAU